AUGAAAUGGACAUUGGACAAUUUUGAUAUUGGUAAAGUAUUAGGGAAAGGAAAUUUUGGAAAUGUGUAUCUAGCUAUAGAAAAGAGUUCUGGAUUUAUUGUUGUUCUUCAAGUUUUAUUUAAAACGCAAAUUUUAAAAACAAAUAUUCAUCAUCAGCUCAAAAAGGAAGUUGAAAUUCAAGCACAUUUAAGGCACCCUAAUAUUGCGCGUAUAUUUGGAUUUUUCCAUGAUGAAACUAGAGUAUUUAUGAUCGUAGAAUAUGCACCCAAAGAUCUGUACAAAGAAUUGCAAGCACAAGAAAAUCACCGUUUCUCUGAAGAUCGGGCAGCAUUUUAUGUUAAGCAAUUAACAGAAGCGCUGAUUUAUUGCCAUGAUAAAAAUAUUAUACAUCGCGAGAUAUAA